GCUGUUUACAAAUCUGACCUGGAAUGGCUGAGAGGCAUUGGAUGGGUUCCUAUUGGUUCCUUGGAAGUCGAGAAAGCCAAGAAAGCUGGAGAAAUCCUCAGUGACAGGAAGUAUCGGCAGCCUGCAGACAAAAUCAAAUUUACCAGUGUGACCGAUUCCUUGGCCAUGGUCUUAGCCAAGCAAAAUGCUGAGAUCAUGAACAAGCGCUUGUACACGGAAGCCUGGGAUGCAGACAAGAAGUCCAUCCAUGUCAUGCCUGACACACCAGACAUUCUGCUAGCAAAGGCCAACGCAGCCAAUGUUAGCAAUAAACUUUAUGUACAAGCCUGGGAAGAGGCCAAAAAGAAGGGUUAUGACAUGAGAGCUGAUGCAAUUCCAAUCAAAACUGCAAAAGCAUCAAGAGAUAUUGCGAGUGACUACAAGUACAAAGAAACCCACGAGAAGGAGAAAGGCCACUACAUCGGGUGCCCCAGUGCCAAGGAGGACCCCAGGCUGGCGCAGGCCGCGCGCGCCAUGGCCCUGCAGAACGACCGCCUCUACAAGAAGGCUUACAACGAUUCCAAGACCCAGAUCCACAUCCCUGUGGAUGCCCUGUCAGUGCAGGCAGCCAAGGAGUGCCAGACCCUGGUCAGUGACAUUGACUACAGGCAGUACCUGCACCAGUGGACCUGCCUUCCUGACCAGAACGACGUGAUCCACGCCCGGCAGGCCUACGACCUCCAGAGCGAUAACGUGUACAAGUCCGACCUGGAAUGGCUGCGAGGCAUUGGCUGGCUGACAGAAGGGUCUGUGGAUGUGGUCAAAGCCAAGAAGGCCCAGGAGCUCCUCAACGAGCGCCUGUACCGCACGCGGCCGGAGCAGCUGAAGUUCACCAGCAUCACCGACUCCCCAGACGUUGUCCUGGCCAAGACCAACGCCAUGCAGCUCAGUGAUCGUCUGUAUCGUGAGGCCUGGGAUAAAGACAAGACCCAGAUUUCCCUCCCUUCAGACACUCCUGUCAUGCUGCAGUCCAAAGUCAAUGCUCUCAACAUCAGCAAUAAACAUUAUCAGAAAGCCUGGGAUGAGGUCAAGGCGAAAAGCUACGACCUAAGAGCUGAUGCCAUUCCCAUCAAACAAGCCAAGGCCUCCAGAGACAUUGCCAGUGAGUACAAGUACAAAGAAACCCACGAGAAGGAGAAAGGCCACUACAUCGGGUGCCCCAGUGCCAAGGAGGACCCCAGGCUGGCGCAGGCCGCGCGCGCCAUGGCCCUGCAGAACGACCGCCUCUACAAGAAGGCCUACAACGAUUCCAAGACCCAGAUCCACAUCCCUGUGGAUGCCCUGUCGGUGCAGGCAGCCAAGGAGUGCCAGACCCUGGUCAGUGACAUUGACUACAGGCAGUACCUGCACCAGUGGACCUGCCUUCCUGACCAGAACGACGUGAUCCAC